CGCCCCUUGCCUUUGUAGAGUUUUUAUUCUAGUAAAUAUGUGUGACGGCAGUGGGAAUGGAAGGGUAGAAGGGGUAUAUGUGUCAUGGGAGGUAGGACAAUAAACAAAUAAAAGAUUAGACAGUGAAAAUCCAGUUUUACAGCUCUUCACAGUAAGAUGUGCAAGCUCCUUGUAACCCACUACCGUCACUAACAGGAACUCUUUCCUCUGUAGACAGUCAGAUGCCUCUGGAUGAUGAACCAGCCACAGUGUGAAGGCUUUUCAGGACAGCCCCAUCCAGGAAGAAGCUCUGUGAUGUGUGGGUCGUGAGUUUGCUCAAGCAAGUCAGACUCUUCACAAGGAAUAGCGAGACGUGAGGACUGGGAUGGAAGAGCUGGCACCAGUAGAAGUCCAGGGACAGCUCCCAAGCCCCCACCAGGGCUCUCUGAGGAAGGCCAUGGCCGCUGCCCUCGCCCUGGAUGGGGAAUCCACAAUGGGUCACCGGAAAAAGAAGAGGAAAGAGUCCCGCCCAGAAUCUAUCAUCAUCUACCGGUCAGAAAAUGAGAAACUGGAUGAGGAGCCUGGGGAAUCAGCAGGUGGAGACCGACCUAAAGAAGAGGAGGGGGAUGAUUUCCUAGACUAUCCUGCAGAUGAUGGUAUGUGGAACAUGCCUUUGGACAGUCGCUAUGUCACACUAACCGGGACCAUUACUCGAGGGAAGAAAAAGGGCCAGAUGGUGGACAUCCACGUCACAUUGACGGAGAAGGAGCUGCAAGAAUUGACGAAGCCAAAAGGGUCAUCAAGAGAAGUAACACCUGAAGACAGAAAGGCCUGCCAAAUGGGAGUUGACCGUGGGCCCCACGUGGUCCUUUGGACGCUGGUCUGCCUGCCUGUAGUCUUUAUCCUCUCUUUUGUUGUCUCGUUCUACUAUGGCACGAUCACCUGGUACAACAUCUUCCUCGUGUACAACGAGGAGAGGACCUUCUGGCACAAGAUCUCAUGUUGCCCCUGCCUCAUUCUCUUCUAUCCGGUGCUCAUCAUGGCCAUGGCCUCUUCCCUGGGCCUCUAUGCUGCUGUGGUCCAGCUCUCAUGGUCCUGGGGAGCAUGGUGGCAAGCUGCCCGGGACAUGGAGAAAGGCUUCUGUGGCUGGCUCUGCAGCAAGCUGGGCCUGGAGGACUGUUCUCCCUACAGCAUCGUAGAGUUGCUUGAAUCUGACAAUAUCUCAGGCACUCUCUCCAACAAGGACUCCGCCCAGGAAGUAGAAACUUCUACUGUCUAAACUUCCAAGAACUGAUUUCCUUCUGUGGUCCCAAUAGCCUAUAUAUCAUCUUCCAAUUCCAGAAGAUUUGUUCUUUACAUUAGCCCCCUACCCCUCUCAGUUCUGGAAAAUUCUAGCCCACACUCUUCUGUCCUACCAUCUUGAUGGUUCCAGGAGAGCAGGGAACAGAAAAGCAAUUUAUGCCAAGGCAAUCCAGCCAUGGGUGAAUUCUUCUCAUUCCUUGCUCUAAAAUGACCAUUUAUCUGGGACAGGAAGCUUAGUUGUGUGUAAGUUCAGGAGCUUGAAGAUACUGGUGCCUGGAACCCAGGGGGGUAUGUGACUAAAGGUGACAGGGUGAAAAGGGAGGCGCCAGGGAGACCAAGUUCACCAAAAAGAAGUAGGAUGGAGAGAAACAGGAAGCAGGGCUACCACAGUGUAGCAGGGAUAGUGUAGUAAAGAUCUGUGUGUAUCACUUAGAUUUUGAUUUAGUGGCAUAUGAUUAAAACCCUAAAAUAUCCGUAGUUCAAAUAAGAUGGAAGGUUCUUUAUUUCUUGUGCAGAAGUCUGGGGGCGGACCAUCAGGGGACCUGAUGAAGUCAUCCAAAUCCCAGGCUUUAUUCCCCUACCAUUAGUAGGAGGUAGCCCUCUUUGUCCUUGUCUUCAACACCUCUGUGCUGACUCCAGCUCUGGCCAUCACACCCACCUUUCUGGCAGGGCAGAGGAAAGGGCAAAGUGCCUAUCUUCCCUGUUUAAGGAGACUUCCCAGAAGUGUCACUCAACAGUUCUUGGAUCUUAUUGGCCAGACCUUAGUCACAUGACCUCACAAGCGCAAUAGACUGGGAAAUGUCUUUUGGUUGGGCAGCUAUAUUCUAGGCUAAAUUUUUGGGUUCUGCUAAUUUAAGCAAAAAAAGAAACAUGGCUAUUUCGGCAGGCAUGAAAGAAUCUCUGCCUCACAGUAAUUACUUAAAUAUAUCCAGAUCCCAACGUGCUAAUAUAGUUUUAUUUAUUUAUUUAUUUAUUUAUUUAUUUAUUUAGGCCUGAAUGUUACACAGAGAUUUAUACAUAGAUACUAGCUAUAUAUACUAUGUAUAUGCUAUAAAUAGAUAUUAGCAGCUCAUGUACUUUGCAAUUAGUCUGUAAUGUCAUGUGGUUUCAGGGUUUUUAGGAAGGAAGAGUGAACAGUUGAAUGCAAUUGGUAGCAUAACUUUUUUCCUGGUAGUGAAGGCAGGACUGGGCAGUGAUACUUAAUCUAAUCUACAUAUUAACGAUUGUGUAGGGAGGGAUUGAAAACUUCCCCCAACAGGGAUCAGUAGCCCUAAGCAUGUAGAAGACAGAGUUAGCUUUCUGUCUUUUGGCAAGACCUCACUUACAGCCUCACUCACUCAGACCUUUCUGGAGUUUAAGGAACAGUGGCUUUCCACUGUGAAGCUUGUGUCUUCCUGGCCACUAGGGGGUGUAAGCCAGAUGAAUACAGUUUGAUAGAAUCUGAACCUUUUUUCCUUUUUUUAAGGUUAUUUAUUUAUUUUGAGAGAGAGAGAGAGAGGGAGAGAGAGGGAGAGAGAGAGGGAGUGCAUGGGAGGGGCAGAGCCAGAGGGAGAGAGAGAGAAUCCCAAGCAGGCUCUGCAUUGUCAGCACAGAGCCCAAGCACUGGGGGCUUGGAACCACGAACCUUGAGAUAAUGACCUGAGCCAAAAUCAAGAGUUGGACGCUCAACCAACUGAGCCACCCAGGUGCCCCAAACUUUUUUUUUUCCUUUUUAAAUUUAUUCUUGAGGGUGUCUUUCUAAUUUCAAAGAAUUGAAUCCCAAGAGGUCAAGCAGAUUUUGGAGGUUCGGAUCCUCACAAGAACAGCUGGUGCCCAUUUCUUGUUCAUGUCUCAGGAAGAAACUGUGGAAAGACCUGCCGUGAAUCAAACCAGAUGAGUCAGUAGUGCCCUCUCACGGAAGGCCCGGGACAUUUGCCUAAUGUAUGGCGAAUGCCACCUUCAGAAGAACCCCUUUUGAAAACGACAAAAACUUAGCUUCACACGAAACGAAACAAAACUUUGUCCAGCAUUUUUGAAAAUAAACUUGGUGCUCUCCGGUGCUUUUGCAGAAAUGUAAAAAAUUGAAA